AAACCCAUUUCAUUUCAUCAGAAACAACUAAAACCCUAAAAAACAACAAAGCUGAGUGUAGCUCCGUCAGAUCAAAGCAGCUUUGGAGUCUCAACGCAGCCGGAGUUACUCGUCCGCCGCGGUCAGAAACAGUAAGGAGAUAUAAUUUUUUAUUUGAAAAUGAUCUUCCGCCUGUUUGGUUUAUUCACCAUGCACACCCCUAUUCGGAGGUGCCUGCAAGCGUUAACCCGGCAAUCACAACCAACAUUAUCUCUCUUUAAAGACCCGUUAUCUCUCCGCUUACUCUCUUCGGCUGCUUUGCUCAAUCAUAACAUUUCAUCGCCCCUUCUUCCCAUUUUCACCAAUUCCAAACCCACAUCUGCUUUUGGACAAUGGCACCACGGACGCUAUUUCUCUUCUUCCAAACAAGACGAUCACAUCAAAGAAGGCGGUACACAUGAAAUAGAAGAUGAAGAUGACGACAGCGACGGCGAUGACGAUGACGAUGAUGAUGAUUAUGAUGAAGAGGAGGGAGAUUAUGAAGAUGAAGAUGAUGAUACUGUUGCAGUAUCAAGUAGGAAAAAGGUGUACACAGAAGAGGAGAAGGAAGCAGAAGCAGAAGCUAUUGGAUACAAAGUGGUGGGGCCCUUGCAAAAGAACGACAACGUUUUUAAGCCAUAUGAGCCCGCUUUUGCAGUUGUUCAGAUUGGAUCACAUCAAUUUAAAGUGAGCAAUGGGGACAGCAUUUUCACUGAAAGAUUGAAAUUUUGCGAAGUGAAUGAUAAGUUGAUUCUGAAUAAAGUUCUGUUGCUUGGAUCCCCUAGUCAGACAAUUGUUGGCAGACCCAUAGUGCCGGAUGGAGCUGUUCAUGCUGUUGUUGAGGAGCAUGCACUAGAUGCAAAGGUGAUUAUUUUCAAGAAAAAGAGAAGGAAGAAUUACCGAAGAACCAAAGGGCAUCGUCAGGAGUUGACAAAGUUAAGGAUAACCAAUAUCGAAGGAGUUGAGAAACCUCUUAAUGAAUUGGUUGAAAAGCCUUCAAAAUCUGCCAAGAAGGAACGGGAAAAGGUUGCAGUUAGUGCUUAAAAAGGAUGUACUGGCUAUUGCCGGCAAUUGCUAUAUUUAUGUCUCAAAUGAGUUUUCGACAGUUGGGUGGUAUGAAAUGGGAAUGAUUGUACUAGCGAGAUGCUCCAUUUUCAUGGGAGAAUUCUUAGUAGAUGGAAAAGUAAUCAGCCAUUCACUUGGUAAGGUUUUGUAGGAAUGACUUCAAAAAAAAAAAAUCCUUUUCUCUUCGUAAUGCAGGAUUUAGUGCUUUAGUAUUUAAGCAUAAAUCCGUUUAUUCUUAAAUAAGGUUUCAAGAUCUCAAAAGAUCAAUGUUUAUUCUUGAUUGAAACAUGAAACUAUAUCAUGCACUGUACCGAUUUCUUCUGACAGAAAUGAAAGUACACAGAUUUCAUUAAGGAGAAAAACGAUCCUAA